GAAAAAAAAAAAACAAAUGGCAAUGCGAUAUCCCGACAAGAGACCCGAAUUCCCCGGAGCUCAAGCCUCCGCGUCAGAUUCUGACCCGACCCGGAACUGGUAUCCUUACCCGUACCAGUAUCCAUUUCCUCAGUGGCAGCUCUCGCCGGAGCAAGAGCUUUCCGGCAUCGUCUCGGCCAUGAAACACGGCAUCCCCCACGAGGAAAUGGCGAUGUUCCAGGGUUUCACAGAACAGAGCACAGUAAUCAGCGCAUCAAUGCCUCUGUCGGAUUCCGACACGUGUCAGGUCUGCAGGAUCGAGGGAUGUCUGGGCUGCAACUACUUCUUCCCGCCAAACCAGAGGAUCGAAGAACAAGAAGCAGAGAAAGAAGAGAGUGCGGCGAAGAGAGCUGGACGAGUGGAGAGCGGGAAGGCAAGGAAGAGGAAAUACAAGAAGGAUGGAUACAGGGGAGUGAGGCAGAGGCCCUGGGGAAAGUUCGCGGCAGAGAUCAGGGACCCUAAGAGAGCGACACGUGUAUGGCUCGGGACGUUCGAGACGGCCGAGGAAGCUGCCAGGGCUUACGACAGAGCCGCCAUUGGGUUCCGUGGGCAAAACGCAAAGCUCAACUUCCCGUUUACAGACUACGCUUCUGCGGCUGAUACGAGUGCCAGUGCCAGUUCGCACGGGGCAGAAGCGGAAACAGAGCAAUGGCGAGGCGGAGGAGAGAUGGGUAAUGGAGGAGGAGAGGAAGAGACGGAGGAGUGGAUGGUGAAGAUGAUGAUGGAUUUUGGCAACUGAGAUUCUUCUGAUUCAGGGGACACCAUUGAUGAUUCUUUGAAAGAGUCCCCUUUUUUCUGGGAUUCAAAUCUCAUUUAUAGGUGGGAAGUUAAGUUACUAUACGUACUUAAUAUAGGUUUUUGAUAAGACAGAUUGGUUUGAUACGUAUAAGGUUAAAUCGUAUACCGUAUGUAUACGAUUUAACAUUGUAUGUACAAAACCAAAGACUUUUCUUGUGGGCUGCUUUUCUUAGUUCAGAGCAAGAGAAAGUGACUACAAUGGCUUUCUGGGGGCUUUUUUUUCUGGGUCCAAUUCAAGCAAC